AUGUUCGCCCUCAGGGCCGCGGCGGGGCUCAUCCACGACUGGGCCAGCGCCAACCUGGAUAGGGUGUUCUGGGUGUUUGCCCUCUACACAGCUGCCUCCUGCGGCAUCCUAUCCCUAGCCAAGCGCCUCGCAAAGCGCCUCGCGCGCGUGCCGCUGCUGCCCCCGCCCUCGACGCUCCGCCGCUGGGCGCGGCGGCUGCGGCCGCGGCGGCGGGGCGCCGGCGCCGCCGCCGCCGCCGGCGUCGAGGCAUUGCAAGAGUGCGUCGAGGGCUUCGCGAAUCGCGGCCUCGGCGGCGGCAAGGAUCCCUGCGAUGCGUGGCUGCGGCCGCUGGAGGGGCCCGUGUGCUUCGCGGCGGACCACCUGCUUCCUACGCAGGCGCGUUCGGCCGGGGGCAGUGGCGGGGCGGGGCGCGCCGGGGCGGGGCGGAGGGGAGGGGGUGGCCUGCGGGCGGUAUGUGCGGGCGCCCGCGCGUUCGGUUGUGUGCAGCAGCCGCGCUGGAGGGGCCACGAAGGCCUUAGCACAGCAAAGCAGCCUGGAGCGCGUAGCCCGCACGCAUCACCCUGA